AUGCAGGAGGUCUUUAUGAUAAAGGAUGGAAGCAUUAUAGUAGACCCUAAAGAUACGACCAUUGUCUCUGCACUCCGAAAGGAGAUUCGAUCUAUAAUCACAAAUUACACCGGGGUGAGCUCGUUGGAUGACUUCCGGAACUCUAGCAUAGUCAAUGACGAUGACAUCGUCCUGGUGAUCAUGCUCGCUGUAAUGGGAAACUUCCACAGAAGGAGUGUAACGAAUGCUGAUGUCUAUGACGACGUACAGAUCGUCUUUGACCCGUUGGACGGCAAGUUUGUCAUACUCCAAAACCUAAGGGAUACAGAGAUGACGGUCUUCAAGGCACUCUUGGUAGUGUCAGUGGCAGGGCUCCUUCUGAUCUUCAUGAUGGACAAAGACGAUAAGAAGAAUAGGAUUGAAGAAGAGGAGAGGAGGAGGCAAGAAGAGGAAAAGUUGCGGCAAACGAACGUGAACCUAGAAGCUUUAUUCGGCCGAGCAGUGACACCAUUGCAUACAAAUCAAGGAAUACAUACAAUCAAGUUUAGGAAAUGA